CUACUCUCUCUUCAUUCUCUCCUAAGCCAUGGACGGAGGAGGAGGAGAAGUGACGACGGAGACUCUGCUGAAAAAGACGGCAGGCCGAGAAGAGGAUGGAUUGGGGAUGAAGGAGAAGGUUUGGAGGGAAUCUAAGAAGCUAUGGGUUGUGGCUGGACCGGCGAUCUUUACGAGAUUCUCUACGUCCGGACUAUCUUUGAUAACUCAAGCUUUCAUUGGCCACCUUGGCCCAACCGAGUUGGCUGCUUACUCCAUCACUCUCACCGUUCUCCUCCGUUUUAGUAAUGGUAUCUUGUUAGGCAUGGCUAGUGCCCUAGAAACACUAUGUGGUCAAGCCUACGGAGCAAAACAAUAUCAUAUGCUUGGGAUCUACCUCCAGAGAUCAUGGAUCGUCCUCACAGGCUGUACCAUUUUCCUCAUGCCCAUCUACAUCUUUGCCGGCCCUAUCCUCUUGGCCUUAGGUCAAGAGGAACGCCUAGUCCGUGUGGCUCGGAUUAUAGCUCUAUGGGUCAUAGGCAUCAACAUCUCCUUCGUGCCUUCCUUCACUUGCCAAAUGUUCCUCCAAGCUCAGAGCAAGAACAAGAUCAUCGCCUACGUGGCUGCUGUCUCGUUAGGGGUCCAUGUCUUCUUGUCGUGGCUCUUAGUGGUUCAUUUUGAUUUCGGGAUCGCUGGUGCCAUGACUUCAUCACUCAUAGCGCAUUGGUUGCCUAACAUUGCGCAGCUCUUGUUUGUCACGUGCGGUGGAUGUAAGGACACGUGGAGAGGAUUCUCUUGGUUGGCUUUCAAGGAUCUUUGGCCUGUUUUCAAACUAUCAGUAUCUUCCGGUGGCAUGAUUUGCUUGGAGCUAUGGUACAACUCGAUCUUGAUUCUGCUCACGGGAAACUUAAAAAAUGCUGAGGUUGCACUUAACGCACUUGCAAUCUGCAUCAAUAUAAAUGCACUGGAGAUGAUGGUAGCCUUCGGUUUCAUGGCAGCAGCAAGUGUAAGAGUUUCAAACGAGAUCGGGAGUGGAAACUCUAAAGGAGCCAAAUUUGCGACAAUGAUAGUGGUUUCGACAUCACUUUCAAUAGGAAUCAUCUUCUUCUUUGUCUUCCUGUUUUUAAGAGGAACGGUUUCAUACAUUUUUACAACAAGUGAAGCUGUAGCCGCACAAGUAUCCGAUCUUUCUCCACUUUUGGCCUUCUCCAUUCUCUUGAACAGUGUUCAACCAGUUCUCUCUGGAGUUGCUGUUGGAGCGGGAUGGCAAAAAUAUGUAACGUACGUUAACCUUGCUUGCUAUUACCUUGUUGGAAUUCCUUCUGGUGUUUUUCUUGGCUAUAUCGUUGGUUUACAAGUCAAAGGUGUUUGGUUAGGAAUGAUUUUCGGAAUCUUCGUUCAGACUUGCGUGCUUACGGUAUUGACUAUGAAAACAGAUUGGGAUCAACAGGUGUCUUCGUCGCUGAAACGUUUGAACCGUUGGGUUGAACCAGAAUCCCGAAGUCGAAAUCAAACUUUACAAAACGAAUGAUUGUGAAGAUUUAAGUAAAACUUGAGUUUGUAAUCGAAUUUUAAAUCUCUUUCACUCUGGAAUGUACACAGUUGCGUAUGCACAUUUAAAAUGUAAAUGUGAGACAAGUGGUAACGAAUUUAGACCACUAAAGUAGCGGUCCUUAA